AAGUUCGAACCGGAAGUGUACAUCUUUUGGCUCACCGCAUCAGUCAGCCUGCUAGCAUUGCUCUCAUUGAGUCUACAGAAAGCAGUGUGUUAUUGUCUUCAAAGAUCAUCCGAUUAAUUUUUUAAAUAAAACAAAAAUAGAAAAUAAAUCUGAGAUGAAGAAGCAAGACACAGAGGAGUCGGUCACCCAGGAAAUCGAGGAUGUGCCCACUACAGCGGGCGGAACGGAGUCCCCUGUGGUUCCGAAGGAGGACGUGGACAGCAGCAGCAGUCCCAAAGAGCCCGAAACGCCGCAGGCGGACACGCCACCUAAAAAUGAUGAGGCACCGAAUGAUGAUGCAGCAGCUCAGUCUCGGUGCGACAAGGCCAACGAGCUGAGUCGCCAGCUGGAGGACAUCCUCAGCAUCUACUGCAGAGAGAGCCUUUCGGACGAUUCCGGCGCCCUCGCCAACGGCCAGUCGCAAAGACUCGAGAUCAACGGGCUCGCUGACGACAAAGAGCACGACGGGGCCGUGGCGGGCAAAGUGAAGGGGGGCGCCAGUGGCGUAGACAAGGAAAAGAAGAAGACGCAGGAUAAGAAGAAAGUAAAGGGCCUGGGCAAAGAAAUCACCCUCCUCAUGCAGACUCUCAACACAUUAAGCACACCCGAGGAGAAGCUAACUGGCCUCUGCAAGAAGUACGCCGAACUGCUGGAGGAGCAUCGGAACAGGCAGAAGCAGAUGCGGGCGCUGCAGAAGAAGCAAACUCAGCUGGUGCAGGAGAAGGACAACCUGAGGAACGAACAUAGCAAGGCCAUCUUGGCGCGCAGCAAGCUGGAGAGCCUCUGCAGGGAGCUGCAGCGGCACAACCGCACACUCAAGGAGGAAGGGAUACAGAGGACCCGUCUCGAGGAGGAAAGAAAAGAGGUGACUUCGCAUUUUCAGGUGACGCUCCACGACAUCCAGGUUCAAAUGGAGCAGCACAACGAAAUGAACGCCAGCCUGCACCAGGAGAACACGGAGCUGGCCGAGAAGCUCAAGAAGCUCCACGAGCAGUACAAAUUACGAGAGGAGCAUAUAGACAAAGUGGUGAAGCACAAGGACCUGCAGCAGCAGCUGGUGAACACCAAACUACACCAGGCGCAGGAACUGCUCAACGAGUCGGAGGAACGCCACAACACAGAGAAACAUUUUCUGCUACAAGAGGCGCUCGAGUCUCAGCGGAUGUGCGAGUUGAUGAAGCAGCAGGAAGGCCACCUCAAACAGCAGCUUUCACUGUACACAGAGAAGUUCGAGGAGUUCCAGACCACCUUGUCCAAAAGCAACGAGGUCUUCGCCACGUUCAAACAGGAGAUGGAGAAGAUGACUAAAAAGAUCAAGAAGCUGGAGAAGGAGACGGCCAUGUAUCGUUCCAGGUGGGAGAGCAGCAACAAGGCUCUUCUGGAGAUGGCUGAGGAGAAAUCCGUACAAGACCGCGACUUUGAGGCCCUUCAAGGUAAAGUCCAGCGGCUGGAGAAGCUGCGGCGCGCCCUCAAAGUGGAACGUAACGAGCUCAACAAGAAGGUACAAAAUCUCAGCGGCACCCCCGCGCCGCCCACAUCCGACUGCGAAUGCCCCUCCCCGACACCCACAGACUCUUUGCCGGAAGCCGGCUCAAACGCCGCCGCUGGCAAAAUCGGCCACGCCCUCACCGAGUCCAGCACCCGUAGCCCACCCUGUGACGUGGAACUGAAUACGGACACCCGAGUGGAGGUGGCUCGGCCCACCCCCACGCAGGAAUGAUGAUGAUGAUGAUGAUGAUGAUCAUCACUCAGAACCACAACAUGACCAUCUUUCACCUGUCACAAAUCAAACUACAAUUUGUUUUUUAAGUCUCGCAUCAAAUCGGCAUUUUGGAAACACCUGACAAGUUGAAAUGACCAGUUCUCAUUAUGUUUGUUAAGGGGUGGGGACAUUUCUGCAGAAUUUUUUUUAAUUUAAGAUGGGGUAUUUGGGAUGAAUUCCAAAUUGGAAGCUUUCCAUGGGAAUUAAUUUGAAUUUAAUAAAUUGAAUUUAAUAGAAAAUAUCAUAUUCAAGAAUAAAUAUGGACCUUUUGUCAUAAGCAGACUAAAUAUUGCUGUUAAAAAGCAUAUUUCAACAGAUUCGUUUGUUAGUACAACUUUAUCAAAUUUAAAAUAUUUUAUUGAGCAAUCCUUUAGUUGCAGAAGGAAAAAGUUAAUUAUUACUCCUAUGUCCCUAUACUUGCAUGAAAUCUAGUCAGGAUCAUGCUAAAAUAUGUUUUCCCCACCUUUAGUAGUCCCUCUUCCAAGCCAACCUUUAAUUUGAAUUCCUGGUUUAUUUUUUAUUAAUACCCAUGAAAAGUUUCCAACAUGAAAAAUGUCCAGAAUUUUGCAACCCUCGUCCUCACCCUCAGUGUGUAUUUAAAUUCAUGUUGUACUAACUGAUUUCACAUUCCCCCUUCGACACACACUUGAUUAAUGCAUCAAGAGCCAAUAACAUGUAAUAUUGUGAGCAUGACUUGAUGGAAUUCUAAAAAGAUGUCAUGUAAUAUUAGCCAGUAAUAUGAAUGUCCUCGGUAUACUUUGCCGUGUGCGUCUGUGUUGGGGGACCGCUAUGCAACACACGCUUCCUUGCUUUGGUUCUGUGGCAGUCUGAAGUGGAAAGCACUUAUAGAAUGUACUGUUCCUUCAUCACACCUGAAUGAUAUUCAUCGCUGGCAGGCUUUGAAUGUUACCUCAUGUUGAAAAGUUCAAAAUGUAGGAAUUACGAUUUUCUUUUCUUGUCUAGACAUGAAUUUAAAUGCUAAUGAUGCUGUAGCACUGGGAAGUAAUGUAAUUCCCUUCCUUGUCUCACACAACAGAUUCAUUGAACACGCAAAAGAACCAAAGAUAUUCCUUGUUUCUUUUGCUGUGGUUUUGUCUGUCCUUCUAUACUUUGUGUUUUAAAUAAAAAAUCUGAA